GGGACUUCACAUCUGCUUCUGCACUGUACUACUGUAUACCAGGGGGGAAAAAGAGAUCUACAUUCUUCAGUACUACGCCCAAACACUAAGCCGAAGUUCCUGCACUCAAGCAAAAGAAGAAAGAGCGAUGACGCCAUACCCAUCUGCAAGGGGGGCGGACUCCAGCCCGCUUGGGUCACUCACUCAAAGCACUAUGUACCCGCCAACUCAUAUCCUCAUACAACCACCCAAAGCAAACCACACUACGCAAUGCUGUACCUCUAGACACACCCAAACCGGCAGACCGGAAUUAAGAUCAAGCAAAAGAAAAACAACUCUUGUGUACAGUACAUACACAUUUGCAGCAAAAGGUCUCAAAUCAAAUCAAAUCAAAUCAAGAUGAUGGGGGUGGUAUCCAGUUCAGAGUUAGGACGCAAGAAAAAGAGAGAAAUAGAAACACAUUGGAUAUGGUAUAAUAAACGAAAGAAUAAGAAGAUGCGUCAUCAAAGAUAUUUCUCGCCUCGCACACAGCACAACAAAAUAAAUCACAUGAUAUGGA